AUGCCACGUGUUUCCCGCACAUCCCAGGAGCAACGCCGCCAAGCUGCUUUAAACCGCAGCAGAGCCCGCUACCAACAAAAUGCGGUGGAAAUAAGAAGCAGGAACUCGCAACACAUCGCCAAUGUACGAGCAAGCAACCCAGACUUACAGGAGGAAAGUCGUGCGCAGAAUUCCGCAGCACGGGCUCAGAGGAGACGCAGCGAAAGGAUUCGCAAUCUAGAGCGCCUUCGGGAUACUGCAGCACAUGCUGAUAGGCGACUGGAUCUUCAAUUCCGUGUUCCAGAGAGGGUUCGGGACGCAGAAUCGCAUUUUGAUCGUCGACAGAACCCAGACUAUCGUGUUUCAGAGAGGAUUCGGGACAUGGAAGCACGGGCGACCCGUCGAGAAGACCCCGAGGAGCGGCGACGAGAGCAGUUACGAAACACUGCUGACCAUUCUACUCGGAGGGAUAAUCCAGAGCACCGAAUUCCCGAACGUAUUAGGGACAUGGAGGCACACGCGGCCCGCCGAGUGGACCUGGAGGAGCGGCGACGAGAGCAGAUUCGGGACGCCGCAGCGCGAGCUGCUCAUCGCGAGGACCCAGAGGAACGUACAAGGGAACAGGAAAGGAACACUGGAGAACACCGACAGCGACGAAGGGAUACGGAAGACAGGCAGCGAGAACGGGAAAGGGACGCCGAUUACAGGAGAGCAACCAGGAGAAAUCCCAUCGCAAGAACACAGGAGCAACGGAUAAACACAUCGCAACGCCGGGAAACACGACUACAGCGGAGGAUUCGGGAACAACAAAUUCGACUAAUGGCAGAGGAAAGAUUAAUAAACUUCAGGAUGGACCCCCAAAAUCGACUGGAUGCCUCCCAAAGGCAGUCUCAACGCAAUAUGGACGCAAGAGCUCAACUUUCGGAGGACGAACUGGAUCAGGAACGAGAACAACAGCGAAAUAGGAUUCGAGCAACAGCAAGGGAUCUUUAUCACAGGAACAUAAAGGAAGGACCAACGGAAAUUUGUAUUUGCUGUGGAGGAACAUGGUUCCGUUCGCAUUUGGAAGGAAUUUGUUUAGCAGAUUUCGCGGCUUGGUACAGAUUUGUCAAGCGAAAUGCACGAUCUGCCGCUAAUCAUAGGGAAGACUAUGAUGAAGAAAAUGAUGUGGAGGUAGAUGACGAAGAUGAAGUUGCGGAGCAAAGCUAUCCACUGAUGGAUGGGUCUGGUUGCGUUAAGAAACGCAGGCAUCCCCUGAUUCUAAGGUGGGUUCGCUUUAGCAUUAACUCUUCACCUUCCGAUUAUUUCCGAGAGCAUUUAAUGCUUUUCUAUCCUUGGCGAAAUGAAGAAGCUGAACUUCUUUCCAACGAUAUUGAAGACACAUUCCGAGUAAACCAUGAAGCCAUUAGGGCAAAAAAAAGGAACUAUGAUGUGUUUGAUGAUAUGGAGUUAGAAAGAGUUCUAGAAGAUUUGCAAGAGGAUAGGGGAGAUAAUGCUCCUGUUGCGGAAGAACCUGCCUCCCAAUUUUUAGACGAAGAGUUUAGAGCUUUGGCAGUACCAAAUAUAGAGCGGAACGUAAAUAUUCUUCAGGAUGACAAUGCGGUAAACAACCCUGAAGAAGACGGCGAACUUCAAUUAAUUAGACUCCCCCGUUAG